GUUCGGAAACCUGAAGAGCCAGGUGCGCUAUAUGCCGCCGAGCGAAAGAAUUCUUCUCUGCAGCUGCCGUCGUUGCAGAAAAGAGCCCAAGAGUAUCCGCAAUCUUUCCGCAACUGGCGGGGUCAUGCGAUUUGCCUUCCGUGACGGAGUAAGAGGUGAGGGGCAGAGGCGAGCGAGAAUUGCCUUGACGUAAGAUGCCCUGCCCUACCAGAGCUUCCUUUCCUCGAAAAGAAGCCACAGGCUACAGGAAUUGCGCGACUUUUCCUGAAGUGCCUUGAACCAACGCCUGCUGAAUGGGUCUUGCUGUCAUUCGACCCUGAGUCGCUCGCGGUUGACGACCGUGUCUCUGAACUUGAUUUCCUGCUUCAAUGACUAAAAUCAUGAGCGGAAUAAUGAAUAAGCGCUUCAGAGUUGUCGGCUGCGUUUCUCAGAUGGCGGGCUUGUGCCGCCGGUUCAACCAAUUCGACCCUUGACCAUCGUCUGCCUGCCAUGGCAUGCAGCGUGCUUCUAAUUGCCGCGUUGCUGGCCUCAAGAAGCGUCUGCGGCCCGGUCCAGUGGAUCCUCAAUAUAUGGAACACGAAGCAUUUUCGGAGCACUAGAAGCAAAGUACAAGGCUUGCCAUGUUAUCAAGUACCUAGAUCUCUGCAUCUCUUCGUGUCUUGCUUGUCGCACGUUGAGCCGUUUCCAUGUCUCAGUGCAAGCGAGCUCAAGCUGUCUUAAGCAAGUCUUGAUGGCCUUUCAGACACGUUGUUUGCUUGCCGUACCUAGCAGUUCAUCAUGCAAGGGCUAUGCCGCGACAGUCGGAUAGACAGGCAUCAAACGCUUUGUUCCGAGAUGCCGCCCGUCUUGCUAUGGCCAGGUAGCGAUCCAGCUGUGAGCUAAAACAGAAAAGAGAAGCAGAAUGAAAGACUCUCUUCGUCUGUUCGAAGAUUUCAUCGUCCCG